GACAGCCGGCGCCUCCUCCCUCCCUCCCCCCAUCUCCUCCUCCCUCCACGACUCCGCUUCUCCACUCCCUCUCUGAUCACCAGGGGGGCGCCACCCUCGAUCCCCGCCGAUCCGCACGACCCCCGGUUCGUGUUUUCUUUUUCUGUUUUUGUGUUCGUGAUUCUCACGAAGGAGGAGCCAGACAGCGGCUUUUUCCUGAUGUCUACCAUCGCGACGCCGCCGCCGCCGCCGCCGUCGGGGUCGGUGGCGCAGGAGAAGGCGGCCAGCCGGAACAAGCGCAAGUACCGGGCCGAGCCGCCGUCCGCGGAGCUGGGACCCUUCGGGCUGGAGUACCCACUGACGGCGGACUGCGUGGGGUUCGAGUUCAUGUCGCCGGAGAAGGCGGCCAUAGCGGCGGCGGCCGCCGCCGCCGCCGCCGCGGUCGCCGCCGAGGGUGUCAACCUCGACCUCAUCCCGGGCUCGUGUGAUUGCAAGGACAUCCACCCGACGGCGGAGUUGUUGGAGUGCCAGAGAUAUGUGAAUUGGAAUGACCCGAAUGAGGCGCUGCUUGAGGAGAUCCUUCUCAAGGGCCUGGACGCCACCUUCGACAAUGCCGUGAGCCUGAUCAUCGCAAUGGGGUACUCCGAGCCCACCGCGCGUGCCGCCGUCCUGCGGGCGGCCACGCAGUACAAUUGGAGGGAGAGCCUUGCUGGGUUCGGCGAGGCGGCGGUCGAGGUGCUCAAGACUGAGGGGGACAUGCUGAGUGAGGGCGCCUCCGAAGAAGACACGAGGAAGAUUGAGCAGGCCGUGCUCGGGGGCAUGAUCGCGUUGGUCAAUCAGGCUCAACCAUUCUACACCACUGGUGAUGUGAUGUUUUGCUUGCUUAUGUCGGAUAUGAAUGUGGCCAAUGCCUGUGCCAUGGACUACAACCCAGCUUCCCUCCCAGCAGUGGAUACUCAAGUGAUUGCCCAGCCAGUUGUGGGAAACUAUGAGCCUAAUCCGAGUUCGGAUUUAUCGGUAUCUAUUACUAACCCACAGACUGGUGUUACUUUCCGCGGAAAGCUUACCCCGGUGCCACCCAGUUCUUAUAAUACUGUGAAGGCUGAUUCAUCUGCAACACCAGAAAACCUGAAUGUUCCGAGCAGUAAACCUUCUGUCUCAGGUAAGGUGCUGAGUGAAAUCCCAAAUCCUAAGGCAAAAGAAAACUCGGUUCCUGUGCCUGAUCAUUCAGAAGAUCAACCAUUUGUUGCUGCCGCGACGCAACCUGUGAAAGAUGAUAAGCCAUUCCCUAGUAAGAGGGGGAGCUCUAAGAGGGAUUCCUUGCACCGGCAGAAGUUGAUGGGUUUUGAUAAGAGUUCCCGGGCAUUGGGUUCUAAAGGAUCUCUUAGGUCAGGCAAGCACAGCUCUUCAGGUAGUGCAGUGCUGGACAGGAAAUGCAGGUCACUUACAGAUUCUACCACUAGCAGCUUGAAGGGGUCAUCAAAAGUUGGCAAAGGUCUUUCUGUGAGUAUGAAGGGAUCAGAAGUACCACCUGACCUUUCUUUUACUGGUGCUACCCUGCCCUCUGUUCCAUCAUUUGAUGCCAAGCUGGCUAGUAACUCAAAUCCAUUACCAGCUGCUAGCACAGAUCUGUCAUUGUCGUUGCCGUUGCCAUCCUCAAAUGACAGUUCUACUCCAUCUUUGAAUCAUGAUGCCAAUACAGAGGGUAUGGAUCCUAGCAGCAAAAUUAACUUGUCAUACGAUGAGGAUCAGAAGGUUUGGAUCCCUCAAGAUAAAAAGGAUGAAAUGGUCUUGAUUCUUGUCCAGCGACAGAAAGAGUUACAAGCGCAUAUGAGGGACUGGACAGACUGGGCUCAGCAGAAGGUGAUGCAAGUCACUCGUCGACUAGCCAAGGAGAAGGAAGAACUCCAUUCACUUAGGAAAGAGAAGGAAGAGGCAGACCGUCUCCAAGAAGAGAGGCAUAAUCUGGAAGAGAGCACUCGGAAGAAGCUUUUAGAGAUGGAGUCUGCGAUUUCUAGAGCGAACACCCAGCUUGAAAAGUCAGAAUCUUCUGCUCGUAGACGUGAAGCUGAGAAUGCACAACUUAGGAUACAGAUGGAAGCUGCAAAGCGGCAUGCACUAGAGUCUGCAACAAAUAUUUUGGAGCUUUCAAAGAAGGAUGAGAACAGUCUUAAAAGGUCUCAGCAUUGGGAAUCCGAAAGAGCCCUACUACAAGAGGAUCUUGCCACUCAAAAGAGCAAGCUCUCUCAGGUUCACCAGCGACUGCAGCAUGCUAAAGAGCAGAAGGAUCAAAUCCAGGCAAGAUGGAGGCAAGAGGAGUCUGGAAAGAUUGAGGCAGUUGCCCGUGUAAGCUUAGAGAAGAAAGAGAGAGAUCAGAUUGAGACAUCGUUGAGGUCAGAAGAGAAUUUUCUGCAUCUUAAAGCGGAGAACGACACGCAAAGAUACAAGAGCGAGAUCCGAGCCCUUGAGCAGCAGAUUUCGCAGCUGAAGGUGUCCCUGGACUCGUCGAAGGUCGGUGCUCCCAAGUGGGUAUCAGACAAUAAAACUACCACCGCGUUGCGUCUUUCUGAAGGGAGAAAGAAGGGCAAUGCUCAAAUUUUGGCCAAUAUAGCAGCAGCAGCAGUACCCCAAGAACUCGAUUUUGACGACAUACAGCGUGACCGGGAGUGCGUCAUGUGCUUGAGUGAGGAGAUGUCCGUCGUCUUCCUCCCUUGCGCGCACCAGGUGGUCUGCGCGAAAUGCAAUGACCUCCAUGACAAGCAAGGGAUGAAGGAGUGCCCUUCGUGCCGGACCCCCAUCCAGCGCAGGGUAUGCGCCCGGCUCGCCGGUUUCUAGAUUUCAUACAUACACCAUUUUGUUUUGUUUUGUUUUGUCUCUUUUUCUGAUUGAUUGCUCAGCUUGGAUCGAUGGAAGAUUGGAUGGAAUAAUGAGUGGUGGUGAGAGUGGUUAAACUUUAACAAUAAUACAUGGUUGAAUGGCACAUCAAUCAAACCCUGCAGAGAUAAUGGAUAAAUGGAUAUGGGUUUUGGUUUUUAUGGA